AUGGAAUUUACGAUUGACUUGAUUGCAGAAAGAUCUGUACUUAGAGAGUCAAUUAAAGGUAUUAUAUGGACUAUAUUCUUUAAUAGAUUAUUUGGACCAACAAUCCCAUCAACUAAUGAAUUUUUAUCAAUAACUUAUCCAUUAGCAACUAAUUUACCUGAUUUAGAAGCAUUAAUUGAUGAAAAAAUAUCAGUUUUUAUACGAACAAUAAUUGAUAAAAAACCAUUACCGAUAAAGGGUAUUAUAAAUAUUCAAUUUUUAACCAAAUCAAAUUCAAAAAGGAAAAGUAGUGGAUGGUUUGGUAGAGAUUAUGAAUCUGAUGAUUCUAAAAUUUGGGAAACUUGGAUUAUAAAUAUUGAAUGUUUACCUAUAAAGGAAAGAACUUCAACUACUUCAACUUCAACAUCAACAUCAACCAAGCCAGAAUAUUCACAAGCUGUUGAAAUUUCAUUAAAAAGUUUUGAAAAUAAUUUAUUCAAAAUUUAUGAAUUUGUUGAUAGAGAAAAAGAUCAUAUACCUCCAAUUACUUCUUUGGAAACUUCACCAUUUCCUUAUACUAUAAAUAUUAUGGAGUUUGGUAAAAAAUUAACACCAGAGAAAUCAAAUAGUGAUUCUGAUGAAGGUUGGGGAACUUAUAUUAAAAAAAUACUAGAUUAA